CACCGAAGAAGCUGCGUGAAGCUCAAGCACUGCCAUUCUAUUACUGACACUGAGUCUCCUGCUUUGUUUUUGUUUUUUGUUUUUUUCUUUCUGGGUCAUUAAGUUGAUGAAAGAUGGCCAAAAUUGAAAGCCACACUUCUGGGCUGUGCUUUCCUUGAUUUGAUUUUCUAGCGCAGUGCUGAGGAAGGGAUUGCAAAUCCUCCAGGCCAUGGCCGUGGGAAGGGUGAAGCAGAAGGACUGGUACAAGAUCCUGGGGGCGCAACCUUCGGACAGCCCAGCAGAGCUGAAACGGAAAUACCAAAAACUUGCUUUGCUGCAUCACCCCGACAAACGGGCGGCAGAUGCGGCGGCGGGAGACGCGGAGGAGCGCGCGCAGCGGUUCAUCGAGAUCGGCCAAGCGUGGAAAAUUCUAGGGAACGAGGAGACAAAAAAAGAGUAUGACCUGCAGCAGCGUGGAGAUGACCUGACAAAAGAAUGGCCACUUCAUGAACAGAUUUAUCUUGAGGACAUGUCCUGGAAUGAAGAUGAACAAGUCUACACUCUGUCCUGUCGAUGUGGUGGGAAUUACAGUGUCUCCAGGAGUGAAACCAAAGAUGUAUCUCUGGUUUGCUGUGACACGUGUUCACUUGUUAUCGAGAUCCUGCAAUGAUUGCUUCAAUCAGGCACAUUGAGCGUUACAAACUUUUCAAAAGCCUGGACAAACAAGUGACAGCACCUGCUAAAGAAAUGUACAUUAAAGAAAAGGGGGGCACUGCAAGAACAGGUUCAUGCAGGGUUAAAAAUGACAAGUGCCCCUUUGCUCACACAGCUCUGCAGACAUGAGGCUGGGAUUCUCCUCCUGCAGCUAAAGAGCUCAUUAUUCAACACCUCCAGCCCAGAACAUGAGUUCUGUACGACUGCAAUGUAUCUCCUGAUCUAAACGUUUCUUUCCCAGCAAGCAACAGAGUAGCUUCUUCCAAUUUCAGUCUGAAGCAGCUCUACCUUGGGCCCUUCUUAGGUUAAAUCCUUUUAACAGCUCAGAUGACAAAAUUCAAUCAGGAGGCAGAGAUGUGAGAACACUUUGAAGAGAAUGAAGAGCAAGGUUCAGCAGUGGGAAACACGAACAUUUUCUAUUUGUAAGCUAAAUAUUUAAGGUCAUUAAAUCCUCUCAAGGACUGGAGCCUAGGAGGAGGAGGCAGAGGCUGGCAGCUGGAAGCAGUGGCUGUCCCUGCCCUGUGACAGUGGCACCACCUGGGCAGCCUGGAGCAGGAGCACGUGUUGAGCUGAGGCUCUCCACGGCAGAAGAAGUGGAGGCAUCACUCCUGAGAGGAAAGCUAAUGGGGAAGCUGUGCUCUGACCCCACUGGGCAGUCAGAGGAAACCCCACAGCACUCCUGGCAGUGACCAGCAGGACACUGGGGCUGUGUUCAGUGCCAGCCCUGGCACCACCCGCGGAUGGCAGGCACGUCAUUUUUGCUGAUGACACAAGUGUAUCAUUCCCACUCUGAAGUUAGGUGUAAUCUCAGAAAGAGACAUCUUUCUCAAGUCAUAUUUGUGUUUAUUCUAAACAAAAAUAGUUCCAUUCGUUUUAGUAGAAAAUACUAUGAAAACUGUCAGUAGUAGCUCAAGUCUUUUAAUCAUCAAGAAAUCUGUGGCCAUUGGGGCUUGCACGUAGAAAUCCAAAGUCAUUCAGAGGCCAUAUCUGUAAAAUAAAGCACAGUUACAAGAGAUUUCAAUCACAAUCCAAAGUUCAGUGUUUUCAUUUGUUACUGGAAUCGUUUCAUAAACAUGAUGAUUAUUUCUCUUUUUGGUAAAGAACUUUGCUCACUGAUGUGCUUCUCUUACUAGCAGUAAUAAAUCCUGUAUAUUACAGGGAACCAUUCCAUAGUGUGAAUUUUACAAUUUAUACAGGAGAUAUGCUUUGCUAUGGAGAGCCUCAUUAAUUCCAUUGCUUUUCUCACCCUUGGAAAUAAAUAUGUUCCUAAAGAG